ACUUUGUUAUUUAUUAAUAUCCUUUUUAUACACAGUAAUUUGAUCAGAAAGCUUCUUACAAUAGUUUUCUUUUGUGUGUUAUAAUAAUUUGCUAAAAAUUAAUAUAAUUAUGUCCCAGGAAAAAAAAGAUCUGGAUGUAAAUGAAGUCUUUGAAGAUUUAUUGUUCGCGGAAGAAAUCGCACAAAAGUCAGGCUACGAGAAAGGCUAUGAGAGUGGCAGGGAACAGCUGCUAAAGGGAUACCAUCUCGGAUAUCACAGAGCCAGCAUAAUUGCUGCACGAUUAGGAUAUUACAGCGGAGUAUUGGAACACUAUUUACAAAAUAAUGAUAUCGCUAAAUGCGAGAAAGCGAUGACAAUAGCCAAGAAGCUCUUGGAAGAUAUUCGCAGCACUCUUCCCAAUCACCAGGAUGACAAUCUGAACAUUCUACAGGCUGUGGAAGAUAUUAAGUUUAAAUAUGCCAAAUUUUGUUCGCUAGCAAAAAUUAGUCCGCUAUAUCCAGAAACAGAUAAACUCGAAUUUUAAUACAAUGAU